CUCAUCAUCCACUACUCACCAGCGUUCAGAGCAAUAUCGCCACGCAAAGCGCUUCAUCAAGAGCGGCUAGAACAAUAGGAAUCUCUGCUCGAGCACGCAUUUGUCACACGUACAACUGCGCAGAUACGUACGUAUCAUCCGACAAGUCACCAGACAGACAAAGUUGCCAUCACCGAACAAGGGCCAACUCCCGCUGAGACCGCACGACGAUCGCAACUCGCCCCAUCCACGCUCCACGCGCGAGCUCGCUUCAUCAAAGGUCGCGCGCGUUGCUGAGCCCGCCAUUCACCUCACCACCCCACACUUUGCCACCCACUCGCCCACCAUGGAUCUCGAUGCGCCCUACGAUGACGACGUGAUCGUUGAUGCGGAUGGGGAUGAGCCGAUGGACGAGGGCAUGGCCAUCAGCGUGACGAACACGCCGGCCAUUGCGCCUGUGCUGGAGGUGUUGGAUGAAGACGUCGCGUUCGAUGCUGAAGAAGCGGACGGAGACGCGGAGAUCGUGGUUGCGGACGCGGAGGGGAUCGAGGCUGUGGAGGAGUACGAGGAGCCUAUGGGGGAAGGAGGGGAGGCGGGGGGGAUAGAGCUCAUCACCGGAGAUGACGAGGUGCCGGAGGCCAAAGGGGAGACGCUGGGCGCCGAGGCUGGCGAGGCGCAAGAAACGCUGGUUGUCGCGGAGGUCGAAGUCGACGGUGGCGACCCGGCUGUGGAUAUGCCGGAGGAGGAACACGCAAGCGUCGGCAACCCAAACACACACGACCACGUCGCAGUCCAGCCCAGUGUCAAAGCCACAGCCGCACUGCACGAUAGCGCCGCUGUCGCAGCCGACGCCACCCAGCCCGAGCCCGAACUCGAACCCGAGCUCGAGCCUCUCGCCCCGAUCCUCCUGCACACAAACGGCGGAACGCGUGCACUCUUCAGUGCGCCCGAGUACGACGAGGGCGGCGAGCAAGUCGACGUGCCCGUGCUCCUGGCGGGCCGCGAAGACCUGGCGGACGAGGGCCUCAACGUGCUCUGGGAGCACGUACGGCGCGAGCUCGCGCAAGACGGCGUCACCGUGCACGGCGAGAUGGUCGUGACGGAGAAACUGAUGGAGCUGCGCAUGGGCGAGGACGACAUCCAUCUCGCCAACGUCACGCUGCUCGACUUGCUGGCCCUGCACGAGGGCUGCGGGCUCCCGACGCCGGUGCAGCUGUUCGUGACGGACGAGCCACACCGCUUCAUCACGCGCUUUGAGGCGAUCAGGCGUGAGGUCGAGGCCGCUGAGGAGCGGGAGCGCACCGCGGAGGGUGCGGAGGAGUGGGGAGAGGAGUGGGCGAGCGAGGAGGGCGAGGGCGAGCACGCCGAGGGAGGGGAAGGCGAGGAGGUCGACGAGCAUGUCGAUAAUGACGGAGCUCACCAUGCCGAAGAGGCGUACGAUGAUGGCGAGGACAUUGUCGAGGCCGCCGAAGACGACAAUCCCGACGCCGAGCCCCACGCUGAGGGCGAGACUGCGGCCGAGCCCGCGCCGGACAGCGUCACUGUCGAGGAGGAGCUCGUCCAGGAGGGCGCGGGCGAGACUCUGGAAGACGAGCUUGUCGAAGACGACGGUGACGUGAUCGAGCACGUUCAUGAGGGCGACGAACAUGCCCACGACGAGGAUGCCGAGGGAGAAGGCGUCGACGGAUACUAUGAAGAGGAGUAUGCCGAGGGCGCGGGCGACGACGAACACCACGGCGAGGGAGAAGGCGAAGAGCAUCUCGCAACAGCCGAUGCCGAAAUCGACGACCAUGCCGGCGCAGACGCAGAGGACGCCGACGCUACUGCGCCAAGUGAGGAUGCCAAGGUCGAGGCCGAGGGUGAGGCUGAGCACACCGAGGCUGGGGCGACAGAUGUUAGUGCACCGGAGUUCAACGAGCCAGAGUACGCCGACGAUCACGUUGAUGUUGGCGACACUGAGGCUGUACCUCCCGAUGAGAACACUGGCGCCGACGCCGAAGGGCACACCGACCUCGAUGAUAUUGUUACCGACGCUGAGGCCGACGAUUACGAGUACGAUGAUGGCGAUGAGUAUGGCGUCGAGCACAUCGGCGACGCUGCCAUCGCCGCAUCGGCUGAGGAGGCGGUGGAAGAAGAUGGAAGCCUCGCACCGACGCUUGAGGAGUACGAAGAGGAUGAGCUCGCCGGUAACGAGGAGGACGAGCUCGUUGGCGACGCAGACCACGAAGAGUCCGGUGCAGACGGGCAUGAAGCGCUCGGCGAGUUGCAAGAGCACGUCGAUGAAGCGUACCCCGAAGACGCGGAGGGGCACGAAGCGUGCGAAGAAGAUGAGCUCGACGCCGACGAGCACUACGGGGAGGGAGAGGGGGAGUAUGAGGAGUACGAAGAGGCGAACCACGAGGAGGAUGAGCUGGAGGAAGGAGAAGAAGACGAGCUUGCGGACGAUGUCGGGGAACCUGUCAAUGGCGCCUCGUCGCCAAGGAAACGCCCUCUGCCCGAUGGAGAGGGCGAGGAGGUCGCGGCCAAGAAGACGCGGCUGGAUGGUGAGUGCACUCGACUUGCGCUGGGCUAACAGCAGGG